CCAAGGACUUUUAUUAUUGAGCAGGAGCUCAGCCAAUGAUUUUGAGCUUGCAGAGCUGGGGAAUACAGCAGCAGAACAGCAGAGGGGCUAGUGGGAAAGAAAAACUGCAGUAUAUAUAUUUUUUAUUUUACUGAUCUAAUCAAUUUAACACCUCAGUUUCAGGGAACAAGCUUGUAUGAGUGAGAGCAUCUUAAGGGUGAAAUCAUAACUGCAGGACUGACUGGUUUGUAGGGCAGAAUUAUUUUUCUUUAGCACAGCAAAAAAAAGUAUUUUGAAGCAUCCAGACAAUAUUAUUUUUCUUUCUUCAAGACUCAAAGUAUCCUGAAGAGACCACAGAAGUUUCUCCCUUCGGAAGAAGGCUUUGAACACGGUGCCCUGUGUAAUCAGCCCUGAGGCUGGAAGACAAGCUGUGUGUUGGAAUGAGCCAGCAGCACGUUCACAGGGGGACAGCUUUGCAUAUUGAUUCUUUAGGAUUGCCCUUGAAUGUUGGGACAGGGCGCUGGGGAGUACGGCAAGCUGUGAGGAGCAUAGCAAAUCAGGAAAAAGAGAGUGAAGGGGGAGAAGGGGAGAGAGCGAGCACAGCAAAAGAGGGGGGUGAGAGAGAGAGAGUAUGAGAGAGCUAGUACUACUGCAGUGAGAGAGAGAGAGAGAGAGAGAGAGAGAGAGAGAGAGAGAGAGAGAGAGAGAGAGAGAGAGAGAGAGAGAGAGAGAGAGGGGACUGCAGUUGUAGAGCUGAUGGAAAAGGACCAGGGGACGAUACCACACUGAAACAUUAACCCUCAGUGCCUCGGUGUUGGAUGAGUUGGCCCAUCAGGAGAGGAUCAGACAAAGGAACAAUCGCUGGGCAACCCCCUCUCGCUUAGUUCAGAAUGACGUGGGGCUUGUUCAAGAAGAAGCCAGAGCCCAUAGUGGGCCCCAAACCAAACAGCACAGUGACCAUGCCCCCUCCGGUCAUGUCUACUGUGGCUGACAACUCGACUGAGGUGGAAGGACCUAACGGUAAGAAGAAAGACAUCUUCGAGGAUAUCAGGAGCAAGUUCAUCAACGAGAUCGACAAGAUCCCUUUGCCACCCUGGGCUAUCAUCGCCAUUGCCGUGGUUGCUGGCCUUCUGCUCCUCACCUGCUGCUUCUGCAUCUGCAAGAAGUGCUGCUGCAAGAAGAAGAAGAACAAGAAAAAUAAGAAGGACAAAGGCGCCCUCAACAUGAAGAACAUGAAAGGAGGGGAUCAGAACAAACAGGACGAUGAUGAUGACGAUGCAGAGACGGGACUGACUGAAGAGGAUGAGAAGGAGGAGGAGAAAGAGCCGGAGAAGCUGGGCAAGCUGCAGUUCUCACUCGAUUAUGACUUUCAGGACAACAAGCUGAAUGUCGGGAUUAUCCAGGCAGCUGACCUCAUCUCCAUGGACACAGGGGGCACGUCUGAUCCCUACGUGAAGGUCUACAUUCUGCCAGACAAGAAGAAGAAGUUUGACACCAAGGUCCACAAAAAGACGCUGAACCCUACCUUCAACGAGACCUUCACGUUCAAGGUCCCCUACGAGGAACUGGGAGGAAAGACCCUGGUGAUGGCGAUCUACGACUUUGACCGCUUCUCAAAGCAUGACAUCAUCGGAGAGGUGAAGGUGCCCAUGAACACUGUGGAUCUGGGAAAGCCCAUUGAGGAGUGGAGAGACCUGGAGAGUGUGGAGAAAGAGGAGCCUGAGAAGCUGGGAGAUAUCUGCAUCUCUCUGCGUUACGUUCCCACGGCAGGGAAGCUCACUGUCUGCAUCCUGGAAGCCAAGAACCUGAAGAAGAUGGAUGUGGGUGGGCUCUCAGAUCCCUAUGUGAAAAUCCACCUCCUAGCGAACGGUAAGAGACUGAAGAAGAAGAAGACGACGGUGAAGAAGAACACGCUGAAUCCCUACUACAACGAGUCCUUCAGCUUCGAGAUCCCCCUGGAGCAAAUACAGAAAAUCCAAGUGGUGGUCACAGUGCUGGAUUAUGAUAAGAUUGGCAAAAACGAUGCCAUCGGCAAGAUCUUAAUAGGCAUUAAUUCCAGGCACUUUUCCGACAUGUUGGCAAACCCGCGUCGACCCAUCGCACAGUGGCACCCGCUCCAACCUGAGGAAGAGAUAGACGCAGAACUGGCAAAAAAGAAGUAAAAAAAAAACACUGACCGGACAAACUAACUAACUAAUAAACUAACAGACACUGCAUGAAAUUAAUGGAUUACCGAUACUAGAAAACAUGGUAAGCGUUAAAAAAAAUUAAAUAAACAGCAGCACCUACUGAAACUCCAGCAACAACUACCACAACAUGAUUUCUAAUAUUCAAAAACUGAUUUAAACUAACAACAAAUCAUGUAAAUUGGACGAGAUGGAUAGAUCAGUUCACUUGUAUACGUUUAAAAUGCAUACAAGUUUUAGUUUUAAAUGUUUUGUGAUUGUUUUAUUUAAGGCUCUGUGAUUCCGUGUUGAGAAGAAUUGAUAAAAGGUUGCGAUGUACGACAUGCAUUUUAUAGGUAUAUUAGUAACAUCUCUAACAUCCUGCAGAUACAGCCUGUGUCUGCAGGGGGAACGUAUGAUAGUUUAUACUGUGAAUUAGUAUCAAAGGUAAGCAAUGUGGUAACAUAAACCCAAGAUGUUCUGAAAAUGAACCCUUUAAAGAAACACAUUUGAAGAAAAAACGUUUCUAGACAAUAGUGUUUGAAAGUUUGUAACAAAGAAAACCCCGCUUACGUUACUGAGAGAGCUUACGUUACUGAUAGAAAAUUCAUACAUUAUAAUCUAACAACAUGCUGUGCGCUUGAUGUGAGUGACCAUGAAUAAAGUAAGACGCUAUUUUCAUGCAGCGAUAUUCUAAAAUCAAGGAACACAAUAUCAAACGAAUUAAGUAAGACAAAACAAAUAAGUCAUACACAAUGGUUAAUUCUGUAUUUGUUUUUCUGUCCAAUGCAAUACAAUUUGAAAAGAUUUAGGGAUAAAAUGACAGCCAUAUUUUUUUAAAAUCUGCAAUUGCUUGAAAAAAAAAGGGAUUUCGUUGUUGUUUUUGAGCGUCCUAUAAACAACACAGUUUUAAUCCUCCUAGGAUAAAAAUGCUACCGUUUUGCAAAACCCCAUUUGAGGGCUGAAAUGUAUUUAGUGGAGGGAUGACAGUGGCUAUAAAACAGUAAUAUAACCCUGUUACUAAGUACUGACAAUAAAUGCAUCAAAUAGUUGAGAAAGUUAAUUCAUUUUUCUUCUUGUGGGGGUAUGUAUCUUGUCUUCUGCAUAUUCAACGGGGAUACUGCCGUCCAAGACUGAAGGGCAUUUUGCCAUGCCUCAAGAGUUUGGGGACAUCUAAUUUAAACUGCCUGCAAUCUACCACCUGCCUUCCCCAUCACCCCUCAUACAACCUCAAUUGGCUUUACUGAGAGCUCCACUCUAGACAAACACAUAUUCACAUAACCUCUGACCAGACCAGUAGUGUACCACAGUGACCCCUAGUGGUACAAAGACAACUCCACAGUGACGAGGCGACAACGGAAACCAUUGCCUUCUUUUUCAUAGGUUUCUCAUCUGAUAAAACAAAAACAAAAAAAACGAUGCAAUAAAACCGUGGUUUAUGAAGACUGAUAUAAAUAUAAACACUAAAAACACAUUGGAAGCAUAUCGUUAUAAAUAAUCAAAAGACAUAAACUGUGAUUUGUCAGGAAUUUCAUGACCACGUUAGUGGAUAUUUAUAUGUUAAGGUUCCCUUGCGAUAGCCCACACAGAUGCAGAAUUUUCUAAUAAUUUCAUGAGGGAAUGAGAGAAUGAACUGAAACGUUGUUUAUAACUGUCAAUAUGUUCACUUUUCUAUAUCCUGUAUCCAAGAUAAUAUCUUGAUGGGAAUAUGCUAGGUGUGUCCCAAGCUGUUUCUCAGAAAAGGUACGAAAUCCUUAGCAAAGCCACCAUCUACUGAGCAACACACCCCUAAUAAAUACCCACAAACCACAGUUUAAUUUGGAAAUUAUCCUACAAAGGUACAAUAGACCACACACAAAAAUGCACGAUACUUCAGUGUUACUUUAAACAGGAAAAAUAAAAAGUAAGAAAUGCAAUAUUAUGAACGUGAAUGUCUUUAGUUACAUUGAAUAAAGCAGGUUAUUAUUUUAAGGCUCGUUUAGAUGAAGUAUUCUGUCUCUUUAUUUCCAAUGUCCAAGGUAUUUUUUUUGUUGGGUUUUUUUUGUGGUUAUAUCUAUAUUAAUGCAAUACAGCCACUCGGUUUUAAGCCAUCUGAGCCUCUCCCUGUGUUCCAAUUAAAAAUCUAUGAACUAAAAUAACGAUUCCAUCGGUGUGUAGUUUUGCCUAUAUAUAUACAUAGAUUAACUUGUUUAUACUGCAUGUUUCUAUACAAUACUGUAAAUAGCAGCAUGUGUUAAAGAGAGGAAGAAUCUAUCGUGUAUGUGUGUAUCAUUUGCCAUUUUAAUAAAAAACAAAAGAAAAAAAGAAAACAAAAAAAAGAAAACAUGCACUGACUGUAUAUUUUCUAUGUGACGGAAUCUGUAUUUUCCGCGAAUGGAUAUGGGAAAGAAUGUAAAAUAUAGAUUUUUAAUUUCAAUAGACAAACUUUGAACUGCCUGAUUUUCAUGUGCAAAAGGGUGUUGUGUAUAGUCCUGUGUGAGUCCAACGCAAUGGUGUAAACGCAUGCCUGCUAACUAUUUUAGUGUUAACACGUCUCUGAUUCAUGUUGUUUUUCAUGUAUUUCCUAUUUGUUUGUUUGUAAACUAUAUAUAUAUAUAUAUAUAUAUAUAUAUAUAUAUAUAUAUAUAUAUAUAUAUAUAUAUAAAGUUUAUACAAGGGUGUCCAAGUUGAAGUCAUGCAUUUAUCCCCCAACAUACCUUACUGUGUCUUUGAGGUGCAAGCAUGAGGUGCCCCAUACAAAAAAACAUGUCUAUUUAAAGAUGCAGAAUGCAACCUGCUACGUACACUUUACACUACAGAACAGUAAAGAAAAACAGAUUUUAUGGUACUUCAAAGAUUUGAUACUGUAGAUUUGUCAAUAAUUGAUACAGACCAGUUACAUCCAAAUCAAUGUGCUAUACUCUCUAAAUGAUCAUAGCACUUUAUUUAUUUAUUUUUAUUUUUCACAAAUUCCUUUACAAUCUUGAAUCUGUCCUGCUCUGAUAAUAUCUGCUGUUGAUCCUGGUAUAGGAUCAUCAUCUCGUGAGCACAGUGAGUGAUUCAAUGAGAUCAUCUGUCUGAAAUGAUGAUUCGGUUCACGUCAGUAAUGAGCAUUCUUUUAUAACACUCAUUUUAUAAAACUGCUGUCCUUUUGUAUUUUUACUGCCAAUAUAAAGACCUCCCUUCUGAUGUGCUGCUAACAUGCCUCAGAGAGCACUAUGAUUGCUAGUGCAUCAGUUCCACUGGAAACAUAACAACCUCAACAGAUAUUGAAACUUGGAACCCCUUGUAUAUGUCCUUUUCUAAAGCAGCUAUAUUUUGUGUCUGCUAAGAUAAUCCUAUGCUCAUGCUUCCAAGCUUUUUGACUGCAACUUCUUCUAUAUGUGUGUGUGUGUGUGUGCGUGUGAGUGUAUAUACAGAUUAUUAAAAACAAGAAAGCCAUAUGAACACUAAUACCUUUAGAGUUCAGCUACAUAGAACCUAACCUACUUAUAUCGUCACUGUUUUUCGUGUAGUCUUGUAGUGCAUAUCACUUCAACUUACUCCUUUUUUUGAAUGCUUUGAAUCCUUAGAACCGCUGUUGAUUAUGAAGACCUUGUCUAGGAUGUAAACCCAAACAUAUAUUGUAACUUGUAUCACAAAAUCCAAAGCUGAAGACAUUUUGAAUAACACAAAUGCAUCCAUGUGGACAUUGUUGUAUAUCAUUUUGUUUGUGAUGUUAUAGUAAGUAUAACAACCGUUUGUUGUUGAUAUACUUACUACAAUGAUAUUAUAAUAUGUAAUAUAAUAUAGAAAAUGUUUUUUAUUUUAUUUAUUUUUCUUCACUAAAAUUUUGGAUUGCAAGCCACUCCCUAGCAAACUGUAUAUGAACCUUAACUCAUAAGCUUUUGUAUAAAAUAAAGUUGGAUAUUCUUGAAAUGUUUCUAAGACUGCUGUUUAACCAAACAGUGUCAGUCUAAAGCCAUUUAAAGAAUAUCAAUGUCAUCAAUUUUCACACUGUCAAGUCGUGAGCCUAGUAUGGCACCUGCUAUAUAGUUAGUAUGUUGGAGACAUGCAGUGCUGAGUUGCCAUGGAAGCUAUCCUGGCCAAUCAGAAACACUCUUAUUGGGUUGGUUUCAUACUGAGACUAGGGUGGGCCAUUUCAGAAAAUGUGCUGGGUUUCUUUGAUGAAGUAGUACUGUCCAAAUUGACAAAUAAUAACUCGUUUUUUACAAUAAUACAGCAAGUAUGUACAUUUUGUUAACAGAGAAUUUACAUUAUGUGGCAUAGUCCACUUAUGGUGUAGCCAUCCAUGUGUGAGCAAAAAUAACAUUUCCGAAAUGUAUUCUUCCAGUAUUCUAUGGGUUAAUGGAAGCAGUGUUUGAAUUUGGGACUAUUACACCCCCCCCCCCCCCCCAAAUGGAUAUGUUAUGAUUUAUAUUGUAUGAAAGAUUACUGUUUUCAGGGUGAAACAGAUAUUCCCCAAACAAAAAUGACUUUCCGGAUCUCUCUAAGAAAAGUGAAAAAGAAAAAGUUAUAUAUAAAAAUAUAUUUUUGUUUUUAGUAUUAUGAAUAUUUUGAAAUAUGUAAUAUUUUAGUAGAGAAUGCAACUAGGUAAAAUAAUACAUGUGAUGCCAUAAAAAAAAAAACUUAGGCACUAAGUAAAAAUCUCAUGUACAGUAUGGAGUAACUUGAUAUGGAAAACAUUAAAUAAAAGUGUGAGUCUAUCCUUACGAUGCUUAUAAAAUCAAAUUCAAGCACUGGCCAGGCAUUCAGCCCUAUCUAUCAAAACUACCCCUGUUUAGGUACCAGUUUACUAUUGAAAUGAAGCAGGAAUGUGAGCGAUCAGAUCCAUGAUAAAUCUAUCCCAAACUAUUAAUAAUAAAAAUAAAUAAAUAAAUAAAUAAAUAAAUAAAUAAAUAAAUAAAUAAAUAACGUGAUUAAUUGAGUUUCUAUUGUCUAGUGUGCACAACCUUUCCAAUAGUGCGGUUCUCAUUUCAUACAUUAUCUAAUACUGUACAUAUGCUUUCAAAUCUUGAUGUUAUCCUCCGAGAUCCUGUAUGGGGUUUUUGCAUGGGUUGAUAUAGGGCUUGGUUAUCUAUGAGCGUAAUUGGUCUUCAUGUGCAUAUUCUGCAUUGCUAUUUGUCUAUCUGCGACCGUCUUUUAAACACCAUGCAUAGAUACAAUUAGAUGGGUAUCACUAAUAAAACAGACUUUAAAGUAGAAUGAUUAUAUUAUAAACACUGCAAGCAGAGAUGCUUUGCCAUUAUGAUGUAAAUAACCGGAGUCUAAGAGCUUUCUCACAUAUUUAUUAAUUUAUGUCUUGCACUGCAUCUUGUAUUCCACCAGGUGGUGGUAUUGUAAAAUAUGGAUCACAGUGUUUCCUGCACAAUAGCACCAUCUGUAGGUAAAGCCCAGCACUGAAACUGCAACUGUCUUCCAUUUCAGGACUGGUCACGCCAUCCCUUCUCAAUUGUAAAAUAAUAUCCAAAGAACUGUUAUUUGGUGGGGGGUGGGUAUAGGGUUUCUUGUACUUAAUUUUCCCUGUCUUUCUUAAUGUUGUGGUGCGUUCAUGUCAGUAUUGUACCUUCUGUGGAAAGCAUGCUUUACCCCUUGAUGGGACACUUUGCAAAUGUUGCUCCAGCAACCAUGAACUUGAACAUCAAUGCAUCAGCAACCCUUGUAAAGACUUCAAGGGAACCAAAUAUGAUGAAAUAUCUCGAUAGAAAUUUAUCAUGUUAAGUUACCAGCUCUGUACUGAACAUAUAAGAAAUAAAGGCCUUUUAGCUA